UGCAUCGAUCAGGGGAUCCCUCCAUGCAGGAAGCUUUGGGGUAUUUUUAGGAAAUUGGGGUCUCUGGAGAAACCCUUCACUCUUUCACCAGGAAGAUAUCGCCAGUGGGUUUUUAAAACAACAUCGGUAGAUGGUGAGAUUUGUACUUAGUGAGAACGGGGCGGUAGAGUCGAUAGAGGCUAGUGACGCGGGUAAAGUCUUGAUUCUGGGUGACCCUCGCGUGACCCCUUACUGGAUGAGCGUUGAGAAAGGUGGAGUGAUAAGAGAAGGGGCCUUCGUGUGGGUUCGAGCUCGCAGGUACACUUGGAAGGAAGGAGUGCAAAGAGGAGGCCCACCGAACCUCGGUCGCUUCCUAGAGAUUCGGGCUACGAUCUUCCUCAACGAGGAGGCGUGGACUGAAGUGUGGAGGGGCUUAGCAACUGGGCAAGUGACCCAUACGGAAUACCGAGAGUCCGCGAGGCUGGUAGCGAAUAACUUGGUGCUAGCUGAUUACGAGGAAGGGAUUUUCGAGUCAUGGACUCCAGUGUCCUUCGUCGAGCCUGGUGAGGUCCCUCGUGCGUCUGGGGUCCUCCACGCGAACUUACCCCAAUUCUUGGCCAACUCGUUCUUGAGGGACCCGGAGGAGAGGGUAGUAGCGGUGCUUAGAGUGGCUCGGGAGUCCGGAGUGCGGGCUAGGGGUUUGUUCUGGCUCUACACGCGGUGCGUGGACGCGGGGGUUCCUCCAAGAGGAGAAUUGUCCACAAUAUUCGGGAGGUUGAGAGAAUUUGAGGAGAUCAGAGCUCACGUAGCGGACGUCCCGUAUGCCCGCCUCUUCGGGGAAGAGCAGGUGGCGAACCGGCGGGGGUGGGGAGAGACGCCUCAAGUGAGGGCCACUGGGGCGCGACCUGAGGUCAGGGCUCCGCCACCACCUGCGUCACCGCCGCCGACUCCCCCUGUGCCUAUAGCCGCUGUGAUGCAAGGGGGUCCGCGCCCCAACAACAAGCAAGCUCGAAGUGGGUGUGUUUAUUGCAAUGAAGAAAGUCACAUCAAAAGGGACUGUCCUCAUCUCACGGAGGCCUUAAGGUUGGGGGUGGUCAAGCUAAAUGAAAACAAAUGGGUUGUGUGGGGAGAUGGUGGAGAGGCGGUCUCCUUCUACCCGUCAAUGAAGGUGAAUGUGGACAAGAGAAUAACCCUCCAGGAGGCGAGCCUGGGGAAGAAACUUAAAAUUGGGGGCACCUCCAACUCAUCCCAUGUCCAAAUGACGGAAUCUCCAGGAGGUGUGUCCAUUAGGGAACCCCAGGUGUCCAGCAUCAAGUUCGUUGAGACCCGCCCUGAAGAAGACGGGUCUUGCCUGAGGGUAAGAACACAGGCUGGGGCCGAGACAUCUAAAAGCCAAGAGAACGUGUCAGAAAAUGGAGGAGGAAGGAGCGGCGACGACGACCAACAAAUGGCCGACGCCAAAGUUGCGGAAGAAAAGAAGGAGGAGCCCACUUCACCCAAAUCGCCUAGGAAGAGGGCGGCGGAAAAGUUCGAAAUGAAAUGCACCUUGGAUGAGAUAGACACGGUAGCUCCCCUUAAGAGAACCCUGAUGCAGCCUAUGCAGUGCACGCUUCUGGAAUACCUAGCAGCCAGCAAAAGCGCUAGGGAAGAACUCCUAAGCAUCACGAAGAAGGUAAGAGUCCCGCUCGCCAGGGGACCCACGGUACCGGGGGAAGGUCCGGCCAAGGAAGAAGUACAGUCCUCCCGAAUUACCAUGGAGGAGUUGUCGGCUAACUUCUUCUCGGGGGAGGAUGCCAAAAAGUUCUAUGUAUUAGGGAGCGGCCAGCUCCACGCGGUGGUGAGUGGGAAGAAGAUGAGGGCUCUGGUAGACAAUGGGUCCGAAUCCACGGUAUGUAGAGACUCUAUUGCCCAGUAGCUAGGCUUGGAAAUAGAUAGGGGGGUAUCGAUGUCAAUGGUCGA